AUGGCAGACCGCGUGCACCGGGUUACCAUGUUCAAGCUCCCCAGCGAGGAGGGGCAGAAGAAGCUUAUCGAGCAGUAUCAGAUCCUCAGGGAGAACAACAGCAAGGACGGCAAGCCGUACAUCCUCUCCAUGGCCGCCGGCCCCGCCGAGCCCGACCAGCGCUCCCAGGGCUACACCUUUGUCGCAAAGUCCGAGUUCGCCAGCCUCGACGACAUGAAGUUUUACGACGCCGAGUGCCCCGCCCACCAGGCCCUCAAGAAGGUGGCCAUGACGCUGGGCGUCGAGGGCAUCUUGACCGUCUACUUUAAGCCUCAGGUCACCGGGGGUGCUGCGCCGUGA